GUCUGUUUGAAUCCUCCGCUGUGUGUGUGUGUGUGUGUCCGUCUGACGGUGCGUGUGUCCGGGGUGUGUUUGUGUCUCAGCUCCGCCUCAGCACACGGAGCAGCCGCCCGGUGAACCGAGCCAAACAACCCGGCAGACACUUGGACGCGUUUAUUUCCGUGUUCCGGUUGUUUUUUACUCUCACUUUCCGACGUUAAUUUACCGGUAAACGAGCUAACGGUUAGCUUGAGUGUCUUGAGUGUGUGCGGCGUUACCAUGGUGACGCUCCGCGCCAGAGGCCGAGGGGACGCGGAUCCUUGCAGCGGGCCGCCGCGGCCUCACAGCCCGGCCAGGAGCGCCCGAUCCCGGCCGCCGGAGCCACCGGGCACCCGGAGGAGGAGCUCCGUGACCCGGCCGGAGGAGUCCCGACUCCCGGAUGGAUUUUCUGCCGAAGACGAUGAAGAGCAGAAUCACGUUGAUUCAGAAAUGCCCGAGGAGGAAGAUGAGGAACCAGCGACAGCCGUCAUCAGGAAAUCUGAGCGGCUUCAGAAUACUGCAGGUCUGAGGAGGAGCGGUCUGAGGAGGAGCACCAGGCCGUCCAGACUGACCAGCAGAUAUCAGGCCUCCAACAUGUUUGACGGCAUCAGCACCAACGCGGCCAGCUCGGUCCUGAAGAGGAUGGACAGCAUGAAGAAGAAGAGGAGGCUCAGUAACAACAGAGAAGGAAAGAUCUACUCUAAAGCUCAGAGGAGGAGAACUCCGGUUCCUCCACAGAGAGAUCUCAGCGACGGAGAGGACCUCCACGGCGGAGUGGAUGGCGAGGACAGCAGACAGGAAGUGGCUACAGACGCCGACAGCAACGUCAGCGACGAGCCCAACGUAGACGCCAAAGUGAGCCGAGCCUCGUCGCUCUACCAGGGACCAGGCAGCGAUUUCCCGAGGGGAACGUUCAGGAUCAGCGCCUCCGGAGCCAACACCACCCGCAGAGCUGCUUUCAGACCCACUAAGAGCACGCUGUCCAUCCAGUCUGAAGACAAUGAAGACAACGACUCUGACGACGAAGCGCAAAAUGCUGAAAAAGUCACUGGAAGCUGGCGUCCCCUCGGCGUGCGUCCUGAGAACCUCCUGGAGACCCGUAGAGACAAGAUGAACGCCGGAGCAGGUCUGGCAGACAUCGACCCCAUGACCAUCGACCAGACGGUUGGGUUUGACAGUAUUGGAGGUUUAUCUGGUCACAUCUCAGCGCUGAAGGAGAUGGUCGUCUUCCCGCUUCUCUACCCAGAAGUCUUUGACAACUUCAAGAUCCAGCCUCCCAGAGGUUGCCUGUUCUACGGGCCUCCGGGGACGGGGAAGACGCUGGUGGCCCGGGCGCUGGCCAACGAGUGCAGCCUGGGCAGCAGGAAGGUUUCCUUCUUCAUGAGGAAAGGAGCCGACUGCCUCAGCAAGUGGGUGGGAGAGUCGGAGCGCCAGCUGAGGCUGCUGUUUGAGCAGGCGUUUAAGAUGCGUCCGUCCAUCAUCUUCUUUGACGAGAUCGACGGCCUGGCCCCGGUCCGGUCCAGCAGACAGGACCAGAUCCACAGCUCCAUCGUGUCGACGCUCCUCGCCCUGAUGGACGGUCUGGACAGUCGUGGUGAGGUCGUGGUGAUCGGAGCGACCAACCGCCUCGACGCCAUCGACCCGGCGCUGCGCCGCCCCGGACGCUUCGACAGAGAGUUCCUGUUCGGGCUGCCGGACAGAGAGUCUCGUAAAGAAAUCCUUAAAAUCCACACCCGGCAGUGGAAACCUCGUCCGUCUGAAGAUUUCCUGGAAGAGCUGUCGGAGAAAUGUGUCGGUUACUGCGGCGCCGACAUCCGUGCGGUGUGCACGGAGGCGGCGCUGUGCGCCCUGCGGCGCCGCUACCCUCAGAUCUACGGGACGUCCCAGAAGCUGCUGCUGGACGUCUCCUCCAUCGCCGUCAGCAGCGGUGACUUCGUGGCGGCCAUGAGGAAGAUGAGCCCGGCCUCGCGGCGCUGCGCCGCCUCGCCCGCCAAGCCGCUCUCCGCCGUGGUGCAGCCGUUGCUAGGCAACACGCUGCGCCGCCUCCUGGAGACGCUGCAGAGGCUGUUUCCUCACGCAGAGCAGGGCAUGAAGAGGAGGAGGGAGCCGGAUCUGACGUCUGGUAUCCUUGACGACGGCCUGUCGUACGGAGGAGACGAGUGCUCCUCCAGUAUCUCCUCCCCCUCCCCCUCCACCUCCCAGAGCAGAAGCUUCCUCCACUUUGCGAGGAGCGCAGUGAGACAGCCGACGUCCCACCGUCCCCGCCUGCUGCUGGCGGGUCGCCAUGGCGCCGGUCACUCCUCCCACCUGGCGCCGGCCGUCCUGCACGCCUUGGAGCGCUUCACCGUCCACAGCCUGGACUCAGCCGUGCUGUUUGGAGUCAGCAGCACCUCCCCGGAGGAGGCCUGCGCCCAGGUGUUCUGCGAGGCGAGGAGGACGUCUCCCAGCAUCCUCUACCUGCCUCACAUCCAGCAGUGGUGGGACACGGCCGGCUCCUCCCUCAGGGCCUCCUUCUCCAGCCUCCUGGGGAGCAUCCCCUCCCUCUCCCCCAUCCUGCUCCUCGCCACCUGCAGCCUCCCCCACCAGACCCUCGACCCGGAGAUCCAGCUCCUGUUCCGGGAGGAGUACGGGGAGGUUUUCUCCGUCGGCGCUCCGAGCCUCCAGGAGAGAACCGAGUUCUUCCAGGACCUGAUCCUGAACCAGGCGGCCGAGGCUCCGCCCUCCAACAGACGAGCACGGGCCCUGGAGGUCCUCCCCGUGGCGCCUCCUCCUGGGCCCCUGCAGCUGUCGGAGCAGGACCGUGUCCGUCUGGAGGAGCAGGAGGAGGACGUGCUGCGGGAGCUCCGCCUCUUCCUGAGGAACGUCACGGAGCGCCUCAGUCUGGACCGCCGCUUCAAGGCCUUCAGCCGGCCCGUCGACAUCGAGGAGGUGCCAGACUACCUGUUGGUGAUCCGUAGACCGAUGGAUCUCUCCAGCCUGCUGACUAACAUCGACCAGCAGAAAUACGUCACUGUGGGAGAGUUUGUGUCUGACGCUGAUCUCAUCUGGCAGAACGCUCUGGAGUACAACCCCGACAGCGACACCAUGGACCGUCACAUCCGUCACCGUGCCUACGCUCUGAAGGACACCAUCCGUGCGAUCAUCAGAGACGAGCUGGACGAAGACUUUGAGAGAGUGUGUGAGGAGGUCCGAGAGUCCCGGCUCAGGAGAGCGUCGUCCUGCGGCGCCGAGCUCCACCCCGACGAGGCCGACGGCAGCUCCAGAAUCAGAACCAGAACCAGUCCUGGACCACCACCUCGCAAGAAAAAACGCUGCAAACGGGCCAGAAAGUCCAAGUGGAGCGCCGGAGUCAUUAAGAAACCCAAGAAGAAGAAGAGGGAGCUGACCCCGGCCUCCUCCUCUUCCUCCUCCUCCUCCUCCUCUUCCUCCCUCUCCGAGUCCAGUGAGGUGAGAUUGGUGAACGGCAGCUCCUCCACGCUGUCAGAGAGCAGCGACCUGGACCUCCUCCACCACGGCUCUAACGGGGUCUCAGGAGUCCAGAACGGACUGGUCCAGAACGGACCGGUCCAGAACGGGUUCCACCCCCCCCGACCCGGCCGACAGCCCCCCCCCUCGGAGGCUGAGGCAGCGGCCCCCAGGGACCCCCCCGGGCCGGGACGCGGAGGUCAACGGGGUUUGUCUGGUCCCCGUAGGUCUGUAGCUCCUCGUCUACUAACUGCUCCUCGCUGCUGCAGCUUCAAACCAACGCUGGUUUCACUUUAGGAGGAGAGAACGCUGCUGCUGCUGCUGGAGGAGCUCCAACAGGCCCAACGCUCCACACAGAGAUGUUUGUCUAUAUGAGAUGAUUUCACGUCCACAUACGCUGUUAUUAAAGGACAAAAAAAGAGUCAAAAAAAGACACAAAAUGACCAAAAAAGACACAAAAUUACAAAAAAAAGAAACAAAAUGACCAAAAAAGACACAAAAUGACUGAAAAGACACAAAAUGACACAAAAAAGACACAAAAUGACAGAAAAAAACUAAAUUACUUAAAGAAGAAACAAAAUGACCAUAAAAAGACACAAACUUAUUAAAAAAGACACAAAAUUAUUUCAAAAAGACACAAAAUUUGCACACGCAAAAAGACACAAAAUUACCCAAAAAAAGACACAGAAUUAUUUAAAAAGACACAAAAUUACCCAAAAAGGUAAUUAAAGGGACCUUCCACACACAACACGUUAAAGUGCCAUUCAUAUAAAACUCACAUUAAACUUUCAUAUCAAGGUGGGGGCCACAAAAUAUCGUCAUGAGGGCCGCAAUUGGCCCGCGGGCCGCGAGUUUGAGACCCCUGGUUUAGAGGGACGGUGAGGACGCCACCAGACUCAAACCAGUUCUUUUACUGGACAGAACUCAGAGUUGCUGGUCUAUCUCUGCCCUGAUUGGUUAGUUCUGUUUGUGUCUAUGGGGGCGUUUCCACUGUAGUCUCCACUCCGUGUAUCAUUCAACCAAUGAAAUGUAUUUAUUUAUUUAUUUAUUUGUUUAUUUAUUUACCAGGGACAGUGCAUGGCUCUCAGCCGUACCAGGAUUAGCUACGAGCUAAAUUCCCUCUGUCGUC